GUCCUUUGUUCAAUGGGUGUGAACAACUCAUGUAAUGUCAUAAAAUAAUGAGGCCAAGAAAAGCAAUAUGAAAAUCAAUAACUUGUGUGGUAUUGACCUUAACCAUAACUCUAAUGGGAUGCUAGCUAUGUUAGCAAUGUUGAGAUUAUUGACCUGUUGAGAAGACACAGCCACGGUAUCAACACAUGAGGGUUUCGAUUGCAAUUGUUAAAUCAGCGAGUAGUUUUAGAAUUUGCUUGUAGCCUAAGAUUUCUCAAGUUUUUACGAAAGAUUUUCCAUCAGAUCUUGAGACCACUGUUUAGUGGAGAGAAAAAACAUUAAGGUUAGCCAGAAGAUCAUCUGUCACCAUGGCAACUGCAGAAACUGAGGUCAAACAGCUCACUCAGGAUCAACUGUACAGCAGUUUGAAAUUUUUCGCAAUCGAGAAAAAAAUUGGACGCGGGCAAUUCAGUGUUGUUUAUAAAGCUAGUAAUACAGCUGAUACCCGCUCUGUGGCCCUGAAAAAGAUUCAGAUCUUUGAGAUGAUGGACGCUAAAGCCAGACAAGAUUGUAUAAAAGAGAUAGAUCUGUUGAAGAAACUGAAUCAUCCUAAUGUGAUCAAGUACUUGGCUUCAUUUAUUGACAAUAACGAACUGAACAUUGUCCUGGAGCUCGCAGAUGCUGGGGACUUGUCCAGAAUGAUCAAGCAUUUCAAAAAGCAGAAUAGGCUGAUACCGGAGAAAACAAUUUGGAAAUAUUUUGUACAGAUCUGUAGUGCUUUGCAGCACAUGCAUGAGAGGAGGAUAAUGCAUAGAGACAUCAAGCCAGCCAACGUGUUCAUAACAGCUUCUGGAGUGGCAAAGCUUGGUGAUCUUGGACUUGGACGUUUCUUCAGUUCGAAGACGACAGCUGCACAUUCCUUAGUGGGGACGCCAUAUUACAUGUCACCUGAGCGAAUCCAUGAGAAUGGUUACAACUUCAAGUCGGACAUCUGGUCACUAGGUUGUCUCUUAUACGAGAUGGCGGCCUUGCAGUCCCCUUUCUAUGGCGAUAAGAUGAACCUAUAUUCUCUUUGUAAGAAGAUCGAGUUGUGUGAUUAUCCAUCACUGCCGUCCGGACAUUAUUCAGAGGAGUUGCGAGAACUAAUCAAUAGGUGUAUUCGAACCGAUCCAGAUUCCCGUCCAUGUAUAGAUGAAGUAAAAGCUGUCGCAACCGAGAAAUAUGAAAGCUUUUGUGCAGCAUCAGGAUCAGCACCAGGUUCAGCCUCCGGACAACGAACACCUGAGGCAAUGGAAUCCACCUAGUCAGCUGUUGUGGAACUAUGCAGCAAGUUUUACAAAUUGAGGGUCAGGGCUGUGUUUUGUAACUUGCUGUACAUAUUGGAUAUUGGUCAUGUCGGCACAGCUAGAUGUAGCAAUCUCAGUGAAACUGGUAUCUUUGGUAUCUCCUGGUAUGGCCAAAUCAAGGGGUUAUCACCAGUUUCUUUCCUGAAAAACAACUAGGCUUUCUGGGUUCCUUGCCUUACUGUUUUGGUUUCCUUAUAUUGCUUGAGAAACCUGAGUAUACAUAGAUUGCACUGAGUAUCGGACAGUUCAGGUUCCUGACCCGCCUGGCUCUCAAUAUGUAAAAUGUUGUGUUUAUUUUUGUAGAAAAGUCUAGCCACCUGUGAUCUCUUGUUUGAUAUUUGAGUUUCAUACUCUUCCAUUCCUUGCUGAAGUUCAUGUCACUGAUCGUAAUCAUUAAUGUCUUAAAUUUUGCUGUGAGAAAAUAUGGCACACUUGAGGUGACCAUGGCAAGAACUGGAGACGAUGAGGCCGUAUAGACUAUAAUAAUUGGAAAUUCAAAUAUUGUUGGUAACUUUUGUGCGAAAUGUACAUAGCCUUUAAGUCCAUUGUUUUUAUUAGACUCUGUUGAGAUUCAAAAUAGCUAAUACAUGUGUGUCUAGAGAAGAUUUCCGUCCACUGUUAUUCCAGUAUUGAAUAUUGUGAUCAAAGAUUAGUCGGAUUGAAAACAAAAGGAUAUGCACAUAUCUAUGCUUAACCUUUUAUACUUGUGUGCAUUGCACAUAAUUGCAUGACUUUUCUUUUGCUCUUAUUCUUCUGGUAUUGCUCUUUGAGUGCACAUGUUUGCAUGUUUCUCUAAAGGUCAGCCUUUUAGAAAAUGAGGUCUCAGCAUGUAAGCUUACUAACACUUAAACAAACUAAUGCGGUUAAGUUUCAUUACGUCAUAUUGGUCUACAUUUUAGCUCCACCCUCACGGUUUUGGCGAGACACCUCCAGUACGGUAUCAAUGAACAUGUACAAAGUAAAACCGCCCAUAUCCUUUUGUUUUCAUAUUCUGUCAAUGGUAGGGAUAGUGGUGUAAUUGUAUAAAGAUUGUGAAGGUGUUAUCUAAUGCGUGGUGGGUUGAUGUUGUUUACUAAACUAGUGUGGAGGGCUAUGUUGGAUUUGGUUUCCUUUCUGCCCAAAGUCAGGCUGGUUAAGGAGUAUGAUACUUUUUACCUCAUUCAUAUCAUGAUAGAGGCUUUGUGGUUAAACCGUAGCCAUUUUGCUGGCUGCCAGUGGGUCCAUUAAAGUGUUAAUAUUGUCUAAGCAAUUUUAGCGUCACAGUGCCAUGAAUCAGUGACUCGGUUUUAUAGCAGGUACUGAGUUAUCAAAAUGCCGCACAUGACAAUGUGAUAAUUGAGGUUAGAAUGCGGCUGCUGAUCGGUUAAAUUGCAUUCACUUGUCAUUUUGUCAUGGCCUCGUUUGGGCGGUGCUGGAAAGUUUGUAAGGUCACGUUGCAGUUAUAGUUUGUUAGUUUUAGAAUCGCGCGUCAAACUCACGGCUGCUACAGAAUCACUCUGACUAGUCUCGGACACGUUUACCCGUCACUGCUGAAAUAUCCAUUAUGAGCUUUCCAGGGUUAUUGUCACUUUUCAACUUGAUUAGCAAAUGCUAACCCUUGAUUGGUCAUGAUGGAAUUACCAUUACCGUCCUGAAAUGUGUUGUUUUAUGUGCUACAUUGUUAAAUCCACUUCAGAUUUACUCCUAUAUGUAGUUUUGUCACUGUGUGAAAGGUAGAAUGAACACAAUACCAAAACCUCGAUACCUUGAUUGGAAUUCAAACCGUAUCUCUUGUAUUGCCCGUCCUCUGCUCUACCAUUUAGAUGUGUCGCGGUCCCUUGUUCUUCUACAAGGUGUGACACCAUUAUUAUAACCAACAUUAGCAAAUUGUUGAUGGUAUGCAAUGAGGUGAUGAGCCUUAGAUCUCCAUGAAGCUCAUCAUCAAGGUUUUGUGUCACAACAGAUGAGUAGAAGGUUGGUAAUGUCAGUUUUACAGUACUGCUUUGUUUAUGAUAUGUACUUUAUCAUGUAUCAUUAGGUAAUUCACAGAAGAGAGUAUGGAAGUCAGCAAAAUAGUAAAGGUGUACAGAUUUAAAGUGUUUUUAAUUUGCUUGUAAAUAAACAAAA